CGUCUACUUUUGACAGAUUGUCUCUAAUAACUUGUACUCCUCUUAGCAAAUAUCUUGGUCAAUAAAGAUUGCGACAUUCGAAUAUGUGACUUUGGCAUGGCAAGGUGCUUUGAUGAAGCCGACAAUUUGUCUUACCUUACUCAAUAUGUUACGACGCGUUGGUAUCGCGCUCCUGAAGUCAUGAUCAGCCUGAAAAACUACAGCAAAGCCAGUAUGUCUUUUUUGUGUAUCCCUUUCAUAUGUUUGUCCUACUGCUGUUACACGCUAACGUUUCAUUCGUUUCGCCUAGUUGACAUCUGGUCGGUAGGCUGUAUAUUGGCCGAAAUCUUGGGACGAAAAGUAUUGUUUCAAGGAAAAGAUCAUGUUGACCAACUUUAUAAGAUUUUGGGAGUUUUAGGUGUACCAUCAGAUAUAUCCUUUUGGAAUCCUUCAGAAUACAUUGUGAACCAUAUUCAGCAGCUUCGCACCAUCAAUGGCUCGCCUCCGCCUACAGAAACCAUUGACUUCCAUACCCUUUUUCCUAACGCCAGUUCAGAUGCAGGUCAUCUCCUCAAACAUCUAUUAGAAUUAGACCCAUCAAAACGGCUCACAGUGGAAAAAGCGUUAUCUCAUCCAUUUGUGCAGCCUUUUUCCGAUCCUGCUGAAGAAUCACUGAUACCACCUUGUUACCCUCGUAGCCACUACGACUUUGAGCUCUGCCAAGAUGACGAUGAGCUCAAAGACAUGAUCAUCAACGAAAUUGUAUCCUUCAAAAACUACCACCAAGAACGAGAAGCGAAGCUGAUGAACAACAAUAAAUUUAUUGACUCUUCCAACUUGUUUCAUUUCCAUCCACAUCCAUCGCAAAACAGUAAAAGACAUCACACUGUUUCUUCUGUAGAGAUCGACUACUACUCACCAACGCCCACUCAAAAGCUCGACUACCUUCCGUCUGCCACCAUGAGCUUGCUAGAACCCAGUUCUCCAUUCAUGCCAUCUUCAAUUUCUCAAGAAUAUAACAGUAACAUUGGCGAGAAUAAUAACGAUUACACUGCUGCUACUACUAAUGGAUCUAAUGGAGCUUUUAUGUGCAAUGAAGAUACAUUUGUUGGUGAGCCUGAGGAAUUGGACGAAGAUGAUCGACAUUCUUAUCUUGAAGAACUGACCAAAACGACCCCUGGAGUAAAGAUCAUAGAUAGUGAUCGAAUGUUACAUGAGCUUGUAGAAGAAAAAGCUCGAAGAACAUUAGAGCGUGCCCUGAGUGGCAUGGCUCAAAAAGGCGAUAACAUAUAAUACCGUUUAUUGUGUAAAAAAAAAUAAUAUAACUAUGGACAUAGGCUGUGCCUUCCCUUUUAUGUUUUGAAUACAUAUAUCACUUUCCGUUUUUAAUAUCAAAAUUUGCUCCGUUCAAUUUAAUAGCAACUCGUGCAUAUUAUACUUAUCCAUGUCUCAACAGUCAAUAUUAACCACUAGACUUUAUUGAUGUAAUAAUAUACCACUUCAUCUGUUUACAAAUAUAAAUCUUUUGACUUGCGUUAUAGUGCAUUCUUAUAAUGCGCUACGUAUCUUUUUUCUGAUCUAUAAAAUUUGGUUCGGUCUAUAAAUUCGAUACGUAUGUUUAUGGAUAAGUUCGUCCCUUCCUUUAUUCUUUUUCAGCGGAUCCUUUCACUUAACAUGUGCGCUAAAAUUUCGACUUAAUAGAUGACUACAGCAGAUGACAAUAAAACUCUAGUUGUAGUAAAUAUUGACGAUAACAACAAAAG